AUUACUAUUAUUAUAUCUAUGCAAUUAUAAUGAACAAGAUGUACAAAGAAUGAUAAAAAAUUUAACAGACGGUUUAAAUAAUAAAGUAGACGCCAUUAGAUUAGAAGAUGUGUCAGAAAGCUUUCAAAAACGCAUAAAUGCUCUGGCUAUUAAAAUGAAACAAAUGAAAACUAUAAUGGAAUCAGAAGCACCUAUCCCCGCAGGGACAAAAUUACAAAUUGCUAAAUGUAUUUCUUGUGAAAGACCCACUAAAAUUCAUAAAUUUUCAUACGUUAGAAGUUCACCUUUUGAAAUAAAUGAAUUAAAAAUGAAUUUGAAUGAUUCACCAAUUGUUACAAUUAAUAAUAAAAAUUUUGUUCCAAAUACAGAAUACACUAAUUUAGGAAGAGCUGCUGGUGGAUUUUACACAACAUUCGAUUCUGAAACCAGAAAAUUUCCAUCAAUUAAUAAAGAAAGAAAUUUUUCUGGUCACUAUAAAUAAAGAAACAAAAUAAUAUCUACACAAAU